AUGGGUUUUGGAGGCUUUGUGAUGAGCAUCAUCUGGUUCUACAUCAUUGCUAAUGAACUGGUUGCACUUUUGGUUGCUUUGGGUGUGAUACUGGGAAUUAAUCCUUCAAUACUUGGGCUAACAGUGUUAGCAUGGGGGAAUUCAAUGGGUGACUUGAUGUCAAAUGUCGCUUUAGCGAUGAAUGGAGGGGACGGCGUGCAGAUUGCCAUGUCUGGAUGUUAUGCAGGACCUAUGUUUAAUACACUUGCUGGUUUGGGUAUAUCGAUGCUGCUUGGAGCUUGGUCAACAGCACCCAAUUCGUAUGUUCUUCCGCAAGACUACUCUCUUAUUUACACAAUGGGCUUUCUUGUUGCUGGAUUGAUCUGGGCUCUUGUUAUGCUGCCGAGAGGUGACAUGCGGCCUAACAAGAUACUUGGAGUUGGCCUCAUUGCUCUUUACUCAAUUUUUCUUUUUGUUAGUGUAAGCAAUGCUGUCGGCAUAUUGCCACUUCCUGGCUUGAGUUAG